AUGAACAAGAGAGACGGCGUAUAAAAGCAUGAUUAAAGAGGUCUUGAUCAUCAAAGGCGGCUAGACUGGGGAGUUUUGGCGAUCCAUAAGGGCUGUGAUUUGAUCAUUUUGUAGUAUAUGUCUGGCCAUAAUAGAUGCACCCACAAGUGUUUGUUAGAAUAAAUGAUAAGCUGCCAUGCUUCAUUCUUUGGCAUGCUCCUUUCUGACCAAAAAAGUUAUUUGGUGUAUAUCCAGAUUAAUUCUGAAACAUAAAUGUUCAGCUAUGGUAUUUACUCAAACAGGUUUUUCUUUCUCAGCUGCUGGCGUAUCUUUUUCCCCUCCCAGCUGAGGGUGUAAACCCCAAGCCAAUGCACCGGACCUGACCCAGACUCAAGGUGUUUUCAUAAGCUGCUGAAAAGCAUUUCCAAAACAAAAGAUAACUAGAUUAUACUUUAAACUUCUGGAUUUCGCUUAGCUGUAGUUUAGAGGAAAUCGACUAAUAAAGAUCCCAAAGUUAUACACUACAGGACAGUACAACUUAACCAGAGGAAAGACAUUGGCCUGAAGAAUUUCGAGCCUCGGCGCUUGCCGUUGCUCAUCCUGCUGCGGCGCUGGUCGCGCCUGCGCUUUGGUUCUUGGAAGGCGGUGCUCUGAGAAGCCGGACAACGCGGCAGCCGCUCUUCAAAGCGGAGCCGGGAGUUUUUGCUACAGUUGUCGCCACCAUGAGUCGCAGCUAUAAUGAUGAGCUGCAGUUCUUGGAGAAGAUCAAUAAAAACUGCUGGAGGAUCAAGAAGGGCUUCGUGCCCAACAUGCAGGUUGAAGGCGUUUUCUAUGUGAAUGAUGCUCUGGAGAAAUUGAUGUUUGAGGAAUUAAGGAAUGCCUGUCGAGGUGGUGGUGUUGGUGGCUUCCUGCCAGCCAUGAAACAGAUUGGCAAUGUGGCAGCCCUGCCUGGAAUUGUUCAUCGAUCUAUUGGGCUUCCUGAUGUCCAUUCAGGAUAUGGGUUUGCUAUUGGGAACAUGGCAGCCUUUGAUAUGAAUGACCCUGAAGCAGUAGUAUCCCCAGGUGGUGUCGGGUUUGACAUCAACUGUGGUGUCCGCUUGCUAAGAACCAAUUUAGAUGAAAGUGAUGUCCAGCCUGUGAAGGAGCAACUUGCCCAAGCUAUGUUUGACCACAUUCCUGUUGGGGUGGGGUCAAAAGGUGUCAUCCCAAUGAAUGCCAAAGACUUGGAGGAGGCCUUGGAGAUGGGGGUGGACUGGUCCUUAAGAGAAGGAUAUGCUUGGGCUGAAGACAAGGAGCACUGCGAGGAGUACGGAAGGAUGCUGCAAGCUGACCCCAAUAAGGUUUCUGCAAGGGCUAAGAAAAGAGGCCUUCCUCAGUUGGGGACCCUGGGAGCAGGCAACCAUUAUGCAGAAAUCCAGGUUGUGGAUGAGAUUUUCAAUGAGUAUGCUGCUAAAAAAAUGGGCAUUGACCAUAAGGGACAGGUGUGUGUGAUGAUCCACAGUGGAAGCAGAGGCUUGGGCCACCAAGUAGCCACAGAUGCGCUGGUAGCUAUGGAGAAGGCCAUGAAGAGAGACAAGAUUAUAGUCAAUGAUCGGCAGUUGGCUUGUGCUCGAAUCGCUUCCCCAGAGGGUCAAGACUAUCUGAAGGGAAUGGCAGCUGCUGGGAACUAUGCCUGGGUCAACCGCUCUUCCAUGACCUUCUUAACCCGUCAGGCUUUCGCCAAGGUCUUCAACACAACCCCUGAUGACUUGGACCUACAUGUGAUCUAUGAUGUUUCUCACAACAUUGCCAAAGUGGAGCAGCAUGUGGUGGACGGAAAGGAACGAACGCUGUUAGUACACAGGAAGGGAUCCACCCGCGCUUUCCCUCCUCACCAUCCCCUCAUUGCUGUUGAUUACCAACUCACUGGACAGCCAGUGCUCAUUGGUGGCACCAUGGGAACCUGUAGUUAUGUUCUUACUGGCACUGAACAGGGCAUGACUGAGACCUUUGGAACAACCUGUCAUGGAGCGGGCCGUGCAUUGUCCCGAGCAAAAUCUCGACGUAAUUUAGAUUUCCAGGAUGUCUUAGACAAAUUGGCAGAUAUGGGAAUUGCGAUCCGUGUUGCCUCACCCAAACUGGUUAUGGAAGAGGCUCCUGAGUCCUAUAAGAAUGUGACAGAUGUGGUAAAUACCUGCCAUGAUGCUGGAAUCAGCAAGAAAGCCAUUAAACUGAGACCGAUUGCUGUGAUCAAAGGAUAGAACCUUGGACAGCAGGGCUGCCUGACACCACCAACCCUCUCUGAAGUGGAAGUGGACUGACAUGCUCUUCUGACAUCAGACUCAAGGCGGGACAAGUUGCAAAGUGUGCAGCUGUAACUGCUCACGCCAAAAUGGCUGAUGGGGAGGCUGCUGCUUUCAGGGGCCCGUGCUUGUAAAAUAACCUUCCAGGAAGAGGCACAUUGCCCACCUUUGGAAAGGGAGGAAUAUGCCUUCUCCUUGGUUGUUCCACAGAGUUUUAGGAAAAUCUGUUAGGGAUGGGUAGAUGUCAGACUGCCUUACGCAGUCAUACAAAUCUUUAGCCAUCAGAUUGAUCUUCUUUACACCAAGCUCUGUUUACAUUCCGAGAGGUGUCAUGAAGAAAGUUCUGUUCAGUAA